AUGUCCGAGCCUGAAUGCAAAGAAGCCGUCGGGGCCACAGGCCAAAGAAUGCUACUUGGCGGGCCCGCCGAGAAGACGCUGGUGAGGAAGUUGGACUUGCAUAUCAUUCCGGUAGUCAUGCUUCUGUAUCUCCUGAGUUUCUUGGACCGUGUCAAUAUCGGCAAUGCCCGGCUUUAUGGAUUGGAAGAAGAUUUGGGGAUGCAUGGAAACAUGUAUCAGACGGCUGUCUCGCUGCUGUUCGUCACGUAUAUCCUAUGCGAAGUACCAUCCAACCUUGUCUUGAAGAAAUUCACCCCGUCUCGCUGGAUAGCAUUUAUUGCCACCUCAUGGGGCAUUGUCGCAACCCUGGGGGGAGUGGUCCAGUCCUACGGGGGCCUCAUUGCCGUCCGCCUGGUUCUCGGAGCCGUUGAAGCCGGCCUGUUCCCAGGACUGGCCGUGUAUCUGACCUUCUUCUACACCAAGAACGAGCUGGCCGUCCGUAUCGGAUAUCUCUUCGUCUCCGCAGCUAUGGCUGGUGGCUUCGGGGGUCUCCUUGCUUACGGAAUUGGACACAUGCAAGGCGUUGCAGGACUGAGCGGCUGGAGAUGGAUCUUCAUCCUGGAAGGGAUGCCGACUGUGUUCAUGGGUAUCGCAACACUUUGGCUGCUGCCAAAUAAUCCUGAAACAGCUUACUUCCUCACGGACGAGGACAAGAAACUGAUCGGUAUCCGGAAAGCUUGCGAGUAUGGUCAGACUGCCGCGGCCCAGGAAUUCUCCAAAAAAGACGUAAUGAAGGGCUUUACGGACUGGAAGUGUUGGGCAUUUUACUUUGGUCAAUUUGGUGUGGAUACGAUGCUCUACGGCUUCUCCACUUUCCUACCAACCAUCAUCUCACAGCUCGGUAAAUGGACAAUAGCACAGACUCAGCUCCUCACCAUCCCCUGCUACUUCCUAGGCGGAGUCGUCUACAUGAUCAUAGCCCACCUCUCCGACCGCACCUGCCGCCGCGCCCCCUUCGUCCUCGCAGGCUGCACAUCCAGCAUGAUCGGCUACGGGAUCCUCCUCUCGCGUGCUAGUCCCGGCAUCCACUACCUCGGCUGCUUCUUCGUCGCGGCCGGUCUCUACGUCGCAGCCGGCAUCCCCCUCGCCUGGCUCCCGAAUAACAAUCCGCGGUACGCCAAGCGGACGACGGCGACGGGCCUGCAGCUGACGAUCGGUAACUGCGCUGGGAUCCUCAGCAGCUUCAUCUACCCGACGGUGGACAGGCCGCGGUACGUGCGAGGCCACGCGGUGACGCUGGGCAUGAUCGGCUUUUCAGGCCUCAUGUAUGCGACCAUGUGGUUUGUGUACGACCGCGCGAACCGGAGACGAGAUGCGGGUUUAGAGGAUUGGAAGGUGCCGCUGGGUAUGAGCGACGAUGAGGUGGCGGACUUGGGAGACGAGAGUCCGCGGUACAGGUUCACCAAGUAG